AUGUACAUCCAAGCAAAACACCCAUUCUCGCGCCCUGACAGCGGCCAAACCAGCGGGCCGCCGUCCCAACCCCCUCCCGUCCGUCAGGGUGGUUCCCACGGGCGUGUCCGCCAUGGCAACGGCGCUUCUGGCAUGUCGCAAGAAGAGCAAGAAGCGUCCACACAUACGUACGAAGAAGCCGAGGCGGUGAAACGUUGCACAACGUACACGUCUGCAGACCGCAUGUAUCCGGGUGGAGCAUGCGGCCGCGGUGCCCUCUGUAGCUUCAUCCGCCCCCACCUCAGCUACUUGGCCGCCGGCAUUGCCGUGCUACUGAGCCUGGUUGCAGUGGGAUUCGCCCCUCUGACGUUCAUCAAUAAAGAGCGCGACCAAGACGACAUGCGCAAACUGCUCACCACUCUUGACAACAGGCAGCGAAGCCUAGUCGCCUCCUUGGAGCAGCGUCUUCACAAGAUCAGUAAGACCCUGCUAUAUUGCCCUACAGGUUACACAAUAUUUCGUGAAAUCUGCUACAAGGCCUUCAACACACGUCAGACCUUCAGCGGAGCAGCAGCGGCCUGUGGUGAAGGCGGCGGCACCCUCGCCAUGCCCCGAGACUCUGGGACCAACGGCUUCCUGAUCUCCCUGUACAAGUCCGUGAGCGAGAACGAUGACUUCUGGAUCGGCCUGCACGAUCAGCGCGAAGAGGGAAGCUUUGAGUGGGUGGAUGGUUCUGCACUUGGGACGUACAGCUCCUGGCGUUAUGGACAACCCGACGACAGUGGGGGUAGGGAGGAUUGCGUGUCUUACUCCACGCACUGGAAAGACAACUGGAAUGACUUGCCCUGCGACCGUCGGAUUCGCUUCAUAUGCCAGGCUUUUCCAGGACGUCCGGUUCCUUAGGCGACAGGCGGAACUCUCACCAUUUCUGUACAGCGGCUCCCCCGCCAUCCGCAGUAAAACUAACCAGUAAAACGUGACACUUGGUUGUUUCAUCAAUAUUCUUAAGGUUCUUCUUAAGGAAGGACGGGAGUGUAUGGAGUACUGGAGCAGGAAAGUGUAGUGAUGACACGAAAGAAAAAGAAGGUUUUUCUCGAGUAGAAAAUUAACUAACACAGAAGAGAUGGUGAGUGGUCACCAAAGCAAUGAAGCACUAACUGUAGAUUGGUAGUCACGCCUCAGUUUUUAUCUAGAGACAAUUCACAGAUCUUACGUAUUAGCAAGGAGUUCUCUUGCGUGAAGAACAUUUUUGAAAGGCACAAAAUCCUAUUUAAGAGCUUCGAACAGACAGAACCAUGAAACAAAAUACAAGCGCUAGCGCUUAAAAGAUAUACUUAAGACAAAAUUUACUUCAGACUUCACUUAUAGUUUGAGUUCCCUAUGUUGUAGUAAAUGGACAAAAAAACAACAAAG